ACGGGGAGGUUGACCGUAAUGUGCAGACGUCAGCGUAAUACGCCAGAAGGUUUCAACUAGCUGUGAAGAAUAAACCAAAUCGCUUAAAGGAUCAGAAGCAAGAAGAAAUACAAGUGAAGUUUACAUUUGGGGAAGGAAGUGGAGGCAAGAAAUGCCAAAUUGACCAAAUUGACCGAUGACUGCAGGAAAAACAGUGGGGCCUUAGAGGCUGCCAUGCGUUGAGGUCCCUCGGAAGGGACCCCCGCCCGCAGUCCCAGAGGCUGCUCGGCUGCCAGUCCCUGCGAAGCAGCAGCAAACCCAGACCCUCCACCCGCGCUCGAUGAUGACUCAUCCUGCCCGCGCCCCAGCAGUCACGGCUCUGCCUCCUGCUCGUGCUCCUCGGUCCCCCUGACACUUGCGGAUCGGGGCUGAGGCUGCUCCCACCACCUCCACUGCCCACCGACGUCCGGGCGGCGUCCGCCAGCCUCCGGGGAGCGGGUGAGCCUCAAAGCAGGAGCCCCGAACCAGCCUCUUGUCUGACGACUGCCAGCUGCUGCUGCCGCCAGCCUGUCCCCUGCCCAGGCCCGGUCCAGUGCCACCUCAGCAGGGCUGCAGGAUGAAGGAGGGUGUGUCCAGCAACAGCACCACCAGCAUCUCCCAGGCCAGGAAGGCCGUGGAGCAGCUGAAGAUGGAGGCCUGCAUGGACAGGGUGAAGGUGUCCCAGGCAGCCGCCGACCUCCUGGCCUACUGCGAGGCCCACGUCCGGGAGGACCCGCUCAUCAUCCCCGUGCCUGCGUCAGAAAACCCCUUCCGAGAGAAGAAGUUCUUCUGUACCAUCCUCUGAGUGCUUCGUGAUGAAGCACCUCCUCUCCUGUCAGUAACGUCCGUGGGGACCCGCAUGCUCGUAGCUUUAGGGGCGCCCCCUCCCGUCCCUGCCCAACCACAUUCACAGGGCAAGUCUCGUCUGUCCCUCGAUUGUCUUCAUUCCAUCGAUUUCACUUCUUCUUUUCAUUUUCUUGUUAUUUUCAUUAUUGGCAAAGAAAAAGAGACCUUUUUGUAGCCAAAUAACAAAUGUGCCAAGUGAAAAUAAGUAACGGUUUAAGGGCUUAAGUUUUUAAAUAUCAAUUCCCAAGUUUAAAUACAUCGAGUUAAUACAUUUCAGUGGAUAAUUUAUUGAAAACAUGUAUCUAACAAUCUCCGUUCCCAAUAACUCAGCAUCAAACGAGAACAUUUUGACACUGGAACAGAUGGGUAAAAUUUCAGCCCCUCCACGAGAAAGCAGUUCUGGAAGCGCUUCCGUCAUCCUGUUAAAAAGGAACUAAACCACAGCAUCGAAGCGUUUUCUCACCGUGUGUUUUUCUGGGGCCACGUGGCCAGACACCGCCGAGAGCCCAGGCCAGUUUCCCACUGAUUGUCACUGACCACUUUGGAGGUGGCCCUUCCACAGAUGGGUGGAUACUGUAGUAAGCUUGACCGUAAGUGUACACGGCGACAGCCAGCUAGCUGUUCACGUGCUCCGCUGGCUGGCCACGGGCGUCAUCUGCCUCUCCAUGUGCCACCUCUCCCUGCUCCCUCCCGUGCUGGCUCCUUGGUCAUUCCGACACGGGCCGUGUUAAUAGGGGCCAUUCUGGGUGCAGCGCUGGGCCCUGUGGGGUUUCGCCAGGGUGGCCCCUGCCCCGAGGAGUGAGUCACAGGGGCAGCAGCUCACUUGUGCCAUCCUCUGAUCUGGGCAUUGACAAGUAUUACUUCUUUAAUUCUCUCGCAAUAAAUAAAUGCCGUGAGUGUGCAUCUGUUCCAAAGAGGGGAAACCGAGGCACAGAAUGAUGGUGUGGUCUCCUCAAGGUUAUAGGUAGUAAGCAGGAAAACCCGGACUUGAGUGCAGGCCGCCGGGUCCCAGGGCCUUCCCUGAACCCCUGGGCUAUGCUGCCUUCCAGGUCUACCUGUUUGCAGAUGGGUGGACCGGCAGACCACCUGCACCGCAUUCUGCGAAGCGCUGCGGCUGCGGCCCGCCCAGCGGCACGUCUCUUCCCGCCUCUGCCAAGAGGGGCCUGCCAGGCGGCUUUCUGGCAGCCGAUGGAAGAUGAUGCAUGGACACCCCAGUGGAGGGCCAGGCGGCGCUUGGUUUUGCUGAGGCAAACUUGCAGGCCCCGCCUAAAACCAGCUCACACCACCCUGACGACAGAGACUGACCGGCGGGGCAGGCAGCACUCGGCUACCUUUGCUCCGGUCUGUUCAGUUGGAAACUGCCUCUGUCCCUGGUCCUGACCAGGGCUUGCUGUGUGACUGACUGAGCAAGCCACCCUGUGCCUGAACUGUUCCAGCCUGCAAAGAGGAUGUGGUCAUUACUCCUCCCGCCUUUGUCUCUGGGAGGACGUGGAGCGUGCCACACACAGGAGAGCUCUGAAGAUCGUUUAAAACACACAUGCCAAAUGCCAAGCUGUCGUACAGGGGAUGACGCAUGACUUCAGAGGCGCCCCGGCUCAUUAGAAGGCUGAUGUAAAAUUGUCUACAGAGGCAAACGGAAUUUCAGAUCAAUUCAUGACUUGCUACCCUUAUAAAUGGCUUUAGUACAUUUUUAUUCUUUGUUGCUUUUGUCGAAAGCCAUUCUCAUCUUCAUUAAACCUCGCCAACUGCAGCAGAGUCGCGUGCCGUAUGUGAUCGUAGGACUCGAAGCCCUUCUCUGUUUGGGUUCAUGCCCAGGAUCUCAUCAUUCUGUGGUCCAUGUCAGCAUCAUUAACCUGAUGAAACAAAGCACAACCCACAAAAGCACAUGAGGGGCUGAGAGAGGGGACAGCGCGGAAUCUGGCUGCAUCAGGUCAAGGGAACAUGUGCUGCUCAUCUUUCUCCAGACUUCCUCUCCUUCGUCUUUGCUUCUUCUGUCCCUCCGUACUCCGCCUUCCUUUCCUCCUCUCUCCCAUACGUUCUUCCGUGAGAUUCUUCUGGCCUUUCACUAUGCCUUUUCCUUCCAAACCUGUGGUACUUGGUGUGGCUCAUCCCGUCUAAUGUGUCCCCGAGCUCAGUGCCGUCUUCUCAAAGGUGAGUUGACACACGUGGGCCACGAGACACGCAACGUGUGAAGCCCCUCCCCCUCCGAGCUGUCGUUGGGAGGCAGAUGGCAUGAGGGGGGCAGUUAGUUGCCAUCUUGCGUAUCCAGUUUGGCUUCCCAGCGUCUGACCUCCCCCUCCUGUAGGAAGGAAUCACCCUUUACAUACAGAUGUAUUGGGACGCGGUGCCCCCUCCCACUGUGGAUGCUGAAGCAGAGAGGUCUUUCCUGUCUGUCAGGUGUCCCCAUUUCCGGCACCGACCAGCCAGGGAGUGGCCAGUGACCUGGGGUGAACCACUUGGACUCCCUGCUUAGGAUGUGAACCGGGGCCAGCAACACGGAAACAGGUGGUUGCUGAGUUCAUUUCUCGGGAGCCGAUGGGGUCCAGGGUGACCGUGGCCCCGCAGGGGGCAUGUCUGGGACCCGCAGCUUCAGGGAUGGUGCGUCCACUGGUGACAACAUCCAGCGUGGCACAGUCCCGGGCCGAUCCUUCCCGCUCCAUUCCUUGGCCCACUGAGCUGGGGCUCAUUUCUAGCUUCCCAUCAAUUCUUUGAGCCCUCAAGUUCUACCCAAUAAAUUCCUUGUUCUCCCAUGAAGUAGCUUAGGUUGGAUGUACGUAUCGUACGACCUCACAACUCCACUCCAAGGUGUACGCCCAGCAGAAAUGUGUGUGUAUAUUCACCACAAGAAAUGUUUCGUGUUCAUAGAAGCACUAAUAACCCCCAACCGGAAAGCACCCAGAUGCCGGAUGAGUGGAUAAACAGGUAAUAACACGUCCACACAGUGGAAUGCCAUGCAGCAGUGGACGAGCGGUCGUUCGUGGCGUGGGCCUCCCGAGUUGAGGCAGGUAUGUGCCUGAGGUUCUGAUCCCAUCAAGAACAACACCUGCCCAAGCUGACCUGUGCUGGUGUAAGCUGGGGCGUCGGUCACUCCUGAUGGGGUGGUAACGGGGCAGGCGAGGAGCUUCUGGGAGAUUCUGUUUCUUGAUGUGGACACACUGGGUGUGUCCGGUUUGUCAAAAUCUUGGAGCUGUACACUUUCGAUCUGUGCACUUUGCUGUACUUAUGUUACACUUCAAUAAAAAGUCGGGUUUGGUGGCUA